AUGGUGACUCACAGAGGCAUUGAGGCUAACCCCGACCAAAUAAGAGCCAUCCAUAACUUGCAGCCUCCUCGGAACCCUAAAGAAGUCCAGAAGCUUACUGGUAUGAUAUCAGCUUUAAACCGUUUCAUCUCGCGCUCAGUAGAUAGAUGCAAGCCAUUCUUUCUCCUAUUACACAAGUGGAAAGGAUUUGAGUGGAAUGAAGACUGCGCUGUAGCUUUCCAACAAUUAAAGGAGUACCUCGCCCGACCACCAAUUAUGUUCAGUCCAAAUGCCGACGAGGUUUUGUUUGCCUACAUUGCGGUAGCCUCACAUGCGGUGAGCUUGGUGCUAAUCCGAGAAGACAACGGCACACAGCGACCGGUCUAUUACGUUAGUAAAUCACUACAGGAGGCAGAAACACGUUAUCUUCCCCUCGAGAAGGCUAUCUUGGCUGUCGUCGCCGAUUACACAAGCAGAAUUGCAAAGUGGGGAACGAUCUUGGGUGCUUUCGAUAUUAGGUACAUGCCUCGUACUGCUGUAAAGGGCCAGGUCCUUGCCGACCUAAUAGCAGAGUUUGCAGAGCCCAUGCUAGAGGAACAAAACGUGGCGGGACCUCUAGGGGCUGAUGAGAAGAUGAUCAGCAUGGUCUCCCAGCAUGAAAACACCUGGUGGAAAGCGCACGUUGAUGGCGCAGCGAACCAAAGGGGCUCAGGGUUAGGACUUGUCCUGCUCUCACCUGAAGGGAUAACCAUAGAGAAGUCAUUGAGACUCGGGUUUGCAGCCACGAAUAACGAAGCCGAAUAUGAGGCGCUAUUGGAAGGAAUGGGAAUGAUCCGGAAGUUGGGGGGAAAAUCCAUAGACAUGUUCUCGGAUUCAAGACUUAUUGUGGGGCAGAUAAAUGGGGACAUGGAAGCAAAGGACGAAAGAAUGCAAGAGUAUCUAGUUCGGGUUAAGCACCUGCAGACCCAAUUUCAUCACUUCCGCCUGACGCAUGUACCCAGAAGUGGGAACACUCAUGCUGAUUCUCUCGCGACGUUGGCUACCUCCUCGGCUCAACCCCUACCCCGAGUCAUUCUGGUAGAAGAGGUCCUCCGUCCAUCAACAGAAAAGGCAAAUGGGAUUGGAAUACAUAACAUCAGGGCAGGACCGAGCUGGAUGGACCCUAUCGUUCUGUACUUAAAGCAUGACACAUUGCCAGACGAUAAGGUUGAGGCUGGCAAAAUCAGGAGAAAGGCUACUCGAUUCUGGUUAUCGGAGGACUGCCAGCCCUUAUAG